UUCUCAUUGAUUUCUGGUUCCAGCUUAUCCUGCACUGCUUCGCGCGCUUUACGUUUACGAAUUUGUUUCUCUCUUGUGCACGUAGAAGGCUUUUUCUGCUUCGUUCUUCAACAGCACACUCUGGAUUUCUACAGAAUGUCUGGCAGUUUAACGCGAGAUAACGGCACAGGUCUGCCAUGCUUUUUCCAUGAGCUAGCCGAGGAAUCCGUUGUGCAUAUCUUGUCGUUUCUGGAUAUCAUUGAUCUGACUAACUGCACGGUGGUGUGCAAGCGAUGGGCCGACAUCGUCGGCGAUUCGCGUCUACGGAAGACCGUCAUUUUCGACCUGACCAAAUGGGAGACCUACCAUCCAAUGGCACUGUUGCCACGCCCGUCUCGUUCCGAUGCGGACGCGUUUCGGGAAGCCAAAACCGUGGAGACCGAGUGGCGCCGCCAGCUGCUGCAGCGCUUCUGGACCCCCAAGACCCGCAACGUCAUCUUCCGACGCCAGCCAGGAACGACGGAUCCACCUGAGUGUUGGAUGAAAAUGGGCUUUGCUGAGCGGGAAGAAGGCCAAGCUGCGCAGCAACUGGCCGCUGGUUGGCAUUAUAUGUGGGGCGAUAUUUACCUCGCACUGCUGGACAUCUCGAAGCUGCUGCCUGACGCACCCGAGGGCGGUGGUCAGCAGCACAGGGAUUGUGUGGUUACGGUGCAGGACGUCCACAUGCUGACGGGGGAUCUCGCCAAUCUCUUGCCUGGAUACGUCAAAAGCGUCCACCUGGAGAACGUCCGCGUGCGCUGCUAUUUCUACACCGGGUUGUUCCAUCCGCUCGACAAACCGCCACAGGUGACUUUAACUGUGCGGGUGGAUAAAGCGGUGGUGGUGCGCGAGAACGGGGUGUGGCCUUGGUUUAAGGAACCCCUGGACGUGGACGAGUUUCUGGAAUCUCUCCUGCAAAUCCGCCAUCAGGACUUGACGUUCUUCGGCCGGUUUCUUCCGGAUUCCUUUACUGCCGAGGAAGAGAGUUUCCUGGAGGAACAGCUGCGGUCGGAGGAGCCCACUGGCUGGACGCUGUCCCGCUUCCUCACCAAGGGUGUGCAGCUGCUGGGUGACGAGGAUGUCCUUCAUUCCGCGCCCAUCAAUUCGUUGGGACUAACGUUGGAGCGGGUUCGUUCCUUCCCGCGCUGGCUGCAGUACUUGAUGGUGGAGCUGCUGAAAGACCCGUCCAUCGCGAUUUUUCCCUAAGAUGUGAUGCUGCAGUGUCUUGUGGCGGAACGCUUCCUGGAAAGGUUGCCCAUACUCGACUUGUGCAUGGUGUUAGUCAUUCCGA